UUUUUUUCUUUUCUUUUCUUUUCUUUUCUUUUCUUUUAUAUACUUUUUGUUUCACUUAUGCCCAGAUCACCAUCACCUAGACGCCAACGACGUUAUCGCGAUCUUGAUAAUCCUGAUGAAAGGUCUUCUCGUUCACCAUCACCUAUCCGUUCCAGACGUCGAAAAUAUAGUAGGUCUCCAUCUCCUAGACGAAGGCGUAGCACUGACCGAAGAGGACGGAAAACGUACGAUGAUGUAGAUGAUAAUAAACGACAUCGGUCAACAAGUCGAUCGUCUUCAAAAUCACGACGACGAACUUCCCGUAGUCCUAGAAGAUAUUCUCGCAGUCCCAGGCGAUAUUCACGUAGUCCAAGAAGGCGUUCACGUAGUCCGAGGAGGCGUUCACGUAGUCCCAGAAGAUCUGAUAGUCGACGAAGAACUGGUCAAAAGGAACGCUCACCCUCUAUAGAUAACAGUAACAACAAUAACAACAUAAAGGACGACGAUGAUGAAGAAACCAAAAUGAUGAAAUUAAUGGGCUUUGGUGGAUUUGAUACAACAAAAAACAAGAAGGUAGCGGGUGCAGAUGUAUCAGCAGCCAAUGUAAAAAAACCAAUGAAGUAUCGACAAUAUAUGAAUCGACGAGGUGGAUUCAACAGACCUUUGGAUCAUUGAUAGGAUAUAGGAUAGGUAGAUAGGAUAAUGGAUAUGACUUCUUUUUGUGUUAUUGGUUAUGCUUUGACUUGACUUUCCUAUUUAGAAUAGAUGAUUUUGAAUAAAAGUUGUAGUUUUUUUUUUAUUUUA